AGAAAUGAAGAAGCAAAGCAUUUGUUAACCACACAGCCUGUGGGCAUGCAGGGUUCCUUUAUCAGUUCAUCAAAACUGAAGGACUGAAAACAGUGGGCUAAUAGUUUAUGGUCCCAUGAUGAACAGUGCAGUGUUACCUCCAAUAAGAUCCUUAUCUGUCUUACAGUACACUUCACCUCAUGUUGGAAAGAUAGACAAAGAGACAUGUUAUCUGUUGAUGUGACAACACCUCGAAGUUGAUUUCCUGCUUCCCCCCGAAGCACUUUGAUAUAAAGCAAUGAUAUAUUUUAGAUCUGUGAGACAUAUGCAGUGUAAUAUACUAUAAACUAAAAAAACUGAUGCUUGUAAUGAGUAAGUUUGCAUCUGUGAAGAAUGCUGAAUGAAUACUUAACAAACACUAUUUUAUGACUAUGUGCUCUCUGUCAAUUCACCUUCCCAGCAUGCUUCAUUUGUAAGACCGUUUCAACAAAUAGUUUCCAAAGCAUCUUUAAUGUGAUUACUUUAUUUUCAUUAAUAACUGUAACUCAUUACAGUUACCACACUGUUGUAAAGUAAUUAAUUGCAUGUAAUUGCAUGCAACUCUUAUCCGGUUAGACUCAAGAUGAUAUCACCCACGUCAAUAAACUACCAGUGUACAAACAUGCAUGCAUAUAUUUGGCCACAAGAGGGCACUUGUCAGCUCAAUGAAUGGGCAUAUCCUACAGCUCAUACUUUGUUUGUCUGAAACCACGAAACCUCCCAUGAUCCCCCCCCUUUUUUUUUCUUUUUUUUUUUUUAGACUUUCAUAGUGAUAUUUUGUAAAGACAUUGUGCUAUUUUGUGUGAAGACGUGAGAUAUACAGUAUGUUUUUUUUGUCAACAAAUAAGGCUGCAUGGCAUACUUGUGUAUAGCAGACGGGGUUUCAAUCCUGAAACAAGAGAGGGUGUCUGACUGCUGGAAGGUGUCACAUGACUAAACCACCAUUUGAUUGAUUUAGCAGGACAAUGUAUCUUUAUUUAUAUUUUCUGCCUUAACAAGACAAGAUUAUAAUGCAGCCUACAUUGCCAUUCUCAGGAGUAACGUGAUAGUGGUUUAUUCAUGACAUGGAUGCCGCAGAUGCAUGUGUAUCUGAGCCGUUGCUUGCUUUGACAACAGGGACAAAGAAGAAAAAUCUAAACGAGUCUCCAUAAAAGCAAAAUAUAAAGCAAAAUCAAAACUCCGAGUGAGUGUGCAGGGCAGACACUCUUUAAAGAUGCAGUAUGGGGUUUUAACUGAAACAUGGUAGUAAAAGACUUUUUUUUUUUAAGGUCUCAUAGCACUUCCGUGAAAAAGGAAAGAUCACUUUCAAAUGCCUCUCCUGCAGCAAAAGGACAGCAGGUAAAACAUAUACACUGAUAUGUGCAGAGGUCUUUGGUGUCUGAUGCUCUGUGUUGCACCACACCGAUGCUGAGCCGCCGCUGAAGGUGUCACUGCUCACCGCGCUGCUCGGCGCUGUCCACUGCCCGUGGUGCUGAACCGCAGACGGACAAACACACGGCGCUCUGCUCAGUGUCGCUGCGGGCGCUAAAUUCUAAUUAUACGGUUAAAUAGGCCGAUUAAAUCCACCGUAUACACAUGACCCACAGUCGUCUCAAAUCAACCAGGUGACAGACACCAAAUUGGGAAAUCAAUUUGAACAAGUCUAUAGACUGGAUGUUUUUGUGGCAAACGGGAUUUAGUUCUGGUAAUUUGAUCGUGAUGAAGCCCAGUCUGUCGCUGUGCACGGGUUGUGCCCCAGGCCGGUUACACAACAAGUCUGUAAUCGCACAACCGGAUGGAAGCAGGACGGAUACCGGGACUCAGCUACCGGGGCUGACUCAUACCUACAGAGAAAGAGAGAUAGAUUUCUCUCACUUUAAAAUGUUUUGUUGUCAUCCGGAAAUAUUCAUCAGGAUGCCUUGGGAUUCUGGUCAUCAGUGCAAACGGACAGUAGAAAAAAUAAGGCUGUUUUUGUAGACGGAACAUGGCGGAGGCGGUCAACGCUUCUGCGACUGACGGGAGCGACUCGUUUCCCAGCGAGGAAUACGAGUGCAAAAUAUGCUACAACUACUUCGACUUGGAUCAACACACUCCCAAGCUGCUGGCCUGUUCCCACACCUUCUGCCAGGAGUGUCUCGACGCUCUGCACUCCCGGGACGGCCGAAGAUGGAGAGUGAGUUGCCCUGUGUGUCGCCACCGAACUCCGGUGCCGGAAUAUCGGAUUCACAACCUCCCCGACAACACCGCAGUGACCGAAGCCCUGCCGCUCACAAAGCACGAGUGUAUGAAUUCAGUAAACACAGAGGACCACACGGGUCCACCCGUCUCUUUAGCAGCCUCCCAGGAGAGCAACGACAGCUGUCAGACUUGCAAACAAGUUGCGUUUACGACGGGCUGUGUGUGCGCCAUCUUCUCUUUCCUGUCCAUGGUGGUGCUGUUAUUUCUGGGCCUCAUCUUUGUACAUAACUUCAAUAACCCUACGUCACCAGUCGGCCCUGUCUGCUUGUUUGUCGCCAGUGUCCUUGCCCUCUUCUCUCUCAUUCUCACUUGGUUAAUAUGCAUGUUGAAGUACCGACCUGAAACUGAAGCGAGCAACUUCAGUUCCCUCAAUUCUAAUAUAAUGUGAUGCUCCGGCUGAUACAUGAACCUCGCCUGACCAGUAGCUUUAGGCUAAUAAAAGGGAAAUGUCAUUAUUUCAGUCUGCUUAGAUAUCCUUAUAGGCUAGAUGCCUUUGUCAGUAUUAGUGUACAUGGAUGAACUAACCAAUAACAUCCCAAUGUCCUUUGUGGAUAGGUGACAUUAACAAUGGAGUGGAAACUACAGAGGGGUGACAAAUGAAAGGAAAAACCUGAAAAAUGAGCGGAGAAACAGAAUGACAAUAACCCCAUCCAUGGGGCAUGAGUAUGAAAAUGAUGUGAAUCAUAUGCGAUGGUCUUUGCAGACACCAACUCUCAACCCAGUUGAACACCUAUGGGAGAUUAUGGACUGAUGCCUUAGACAGCGCUCUCCACCACCAUCAUCAAAACAACAAAUGUGGGAAUUCUUUUGAAAGAAUGGUGUUCAUCCCUCGAGUUCUGAGACUCAUAGCAUUUAAACAUGUUCUGGUGGCUCAACACCUUGCUUAGACACUCAGUGUUGGUUUUUCCUUUACUUUGCCACCUUUCUGUAGGUUUAUGUAACAAUUGAAUGUCCGUAGCUUAUACUUUAGACUGGGUUCCAAAAGUGUGACCAUUCACUUUUACUUUGGUCAAUGCAAUUUCCGAGAGCCUGUCACACACCAAAGUUCUCGGUAUAAACCCUAGUCUUUAGCCCUCCUGGCUUCUGUAUAGGCCUUUUUCACAGAAGACAUACUGACAUGUCACAGUAUGAAAAGCACAGGUGUAAAUAGUAAAAUAAAUUGUGGCUGGGUUGCUUAGCUGCUUCAGUUUCAGGGUCCUGGUAUUGUGUAUGCUGGCUCACUGUCAAACUGUCAUGACUUACUGGGACUAGAAUAGAACAACACUAUUGUUAAUGGUAUUAGUAACACCUGCCAAAAUGUCUGGUGUGAAAAAGGCCUACUGACCUAAACUGAUUGUAUGAGCGUCAUAGCUCAAAAAACUACCACAACUAAAUGUAGCCCAUAAAACAUUCCAUGUAUAUCUACAACAUGUAAAGUUAUGGUACUACUAAGGUAACUACUAUAGAAUAAGUUUGGAUACAGUAUAUGUAAAGCUUCAAUGCCUCCCCAUAUUGCUUGAUUUUCUUAGAAAAUGUACCUUUCAUAUGCAAUUCUUAUUAUUUUUUUUAUUUUCAACCCCCCUGAAGGGACAUUGACCUCAAGUUCUGGUUUGAGAAAAAUACAAAUGUGAUUGUGUGUACAGGCAUGUCAUACUAUGACAAAUGCUUAAGGCCUAAAAUCAUUGAAAGAGCACUUUAACUCGGCUUGCUAAUGGAAAUAUUAGAAGCCACAGGCUGGAAUAAUGGAAAAACGCAGUAGCUCAUUACAGUAGUAUCCUCCCCUACUGUCCUCCCAUCUCUGCUGCAAUGAAACUAUUCAUGACAAAUUUCAUAAGGUGCUACACUUCGUGUCAAGCUGUUGGUAUGUAACUGACUUAUUAUACUCUUCUUGUGCCGCCACCAUCUCAAACAGCAUGGCCUAUUGUGCCAAUGACAGAAACUGUUUACCCCGUAACCACCUCUGUGUUAUUACACUGACUCCCCACGGUGGACCAGGUCAGCAGGGGAUCCCAGGCCAAUGACCCUGAGGGGACAUGAGCCUUCACAAGAUGAGAAAUAACUUUGGGGUAGGGGGCCCAAAAUAAGUAGUGUUGUAAAGUAGUGAGACAAUGGAAGUGCAGAUGACCUCCUAGGGGUCUUAAAUCAUCUGAUGGGCUUAAGUUUGCUUUCCCAAGUCAUAUAAACUGCAAGAACAUAUAAACUCCACUAACGACAUGGUCCAUGCCCAGAUCACUCUCAAAGGCGUUAGUACACAGAAGCGUUCAAUAAAAGAAUGCCAUAAUUGAA